CGUUGCUAAAUCAUACAAGUGUGAAGUGUUAAAGCAGCGGCAUGUGCUCUAUUUUUCGUAUGUAGUGACUUUGCAGAUUAUGGGUGCGUUUGUGUAUUGGCGGUUCCGCCAAAAAACACAGGGUUUGACCGUUUCGGCGUUUUUGAUUGGCAAAUCCGCUGAUUUUUUGUGUUUGGUAAAACAGAGGGUCUGAAUAGCGGCUGGGAUGAAACCGCCGAAAACCAAAACGCUGAAAAUUGGAGCGUUUAGGUUUCGACAGUUGGGAAUAAACGCUAAAUUCACUCAAUUGCCCUCUCAUCUUCCUAAAUAAUUGCAAACGUUUGCUCUCUUCGUUCGUGCUUUCUCUGCUCACCAACGCAAGUUUCCUUUCUCUCCUUCGUUCGUGCUUUCUCUCCUCACCACACAGCUGCAAUCUCAAAGAUACACAAUGUCACAGUAUGCCAAUGGUGGUGAUAUUUCAGACACUACAAGUGAUGAGGAUGAUGAGUUUGGGGCUCUACUAUUAAUGGCUACAUGCGUUUUAGUUGACGUUGAAAGAAUUCCAUGUCGAACGUCUAUACUGACAGGUAACGCUUAUAUCGAUGAAUUAAUGACAUGUCAUCCCUUAAGAUGCUAUGAGAGCUUUAGGAUGAACCCACACGUAUUCCUACGUUUAUGUGAAAGGCUUAAUAAUUUGGAUGUUCUACACGAUUCAAGAUAUAUAAGGGUUGAAGAACAAUUAGGAAUAGGUCUUUUAGUGUUAUGCCAAGGGGCGGGCCAAUGUACAUGUGCAGAGCGUUUCCAGCAUUCAAUGCGAACAAUUCACUUAUGUGUGAAGCGUGUGGUGAGAGCAGUUGCACGAUUGGGCAAUGAAGUUAUAAGGUGGGUUAAUAGGGGCCCCGUUCAACCGGAAAUUUAGAAAACCCGAAAUGGUAUCCUUAUUUUGAGGUAUGUGUAAGCUUAAUUACGUUUUUCAAUAAUUUGGUUAACUCAUACUAUUAAUGGUGUACAAUUUUUGUAGAAAUGUGUAGGUGCCAUUGAUGGUACUCAUGUAGCAGCCUCGGCACCCGCUUCCAAACAAAAGACGUUUCGCGGUAGACAUUCAACGUUCACUCAAAAUGUCAUGGCGGCUUGUAGUCAUGACAUGUUGUUUACGUAUGUAUAUGUGGAUUGGGAGGGAAGGUGCAAUGACUCAAGUAUUUUUAGAUGCAAUUACAAGAAGCAAAAAUGGGUUACCCACGCCUCCUAUCGGUAAUACAAUAAUUAUGCAUUUUGUAUUGAUCAUGUCACUAUUUUGAUAAAAUAGGUUCCCAGUGCAUUUGCUAUUGACUUCAAUGUAGGUUAUUACUAUGUUGUUGAUGCUGGCUAUCCAAAUGUUCCAGGUUUUUUAGCCCCAUACCAUGGAGAGAGUUAUCACUUAAAAGAUUUUCGAUGCCAAGGACAAAUACGUAAUAAGCAAGCUUUAUUUAACUACCAACACUCGUCCUUGCGUAAUGUGAUCGAGAGGUGUUUUGUAGUACUAAAGGAAAGAUUUCCCAUUCUAGACAUACCGCGUGGUUAUCCAUUGAGAAGGCAGGUUCAAAUUUCCAUAGCUUGUUGUGCACUGCAUAAUUUCAUUCGCAUGCAAGAUAGGAACGACCGUUUGUUCAUGGAGUAUGAGGAAGAGGAUAUGAUAUUUAACAAGGCGACAAGCACACAUGAAAAUGGAUCACUCAAAUUUGAUAUGUCUCAACAACAACGAAUGCAUGAAAUUCAAGAAAGUAUUGCGAAUGAAAUAUGAGAUGAUUACGAUGUAUGAGAUAUCGAAGUACGACUGCUAUUCUGAUUAACAUAAUCUCACUUAUUGAACUUUCAAUGUUGAGGAACAUUUAUGUUAAACAUUUGUGUUAUUUCAAAUGUUUGUAAUUGUGCAUUUCUUUUCCAACUAUUAAGUCAACGUCUCCUAGUAAAAAUGAAAUGGAAAAUUGAAAAACU